AUAAUUAGUCUAAAGCAAAAUAUAAAAACAAUUCCUUACCCGCUUCGACCGUCUCCCAUAAUUCUCAGGAGUAUAUCUUUCCAAUACGUUUCGAAUUGAUUAAAAUUGAGAAUUAUAGGGUUGGAACUAUACAGCAAAUCGUGUUGAUACUGAUCGGCGUAAUUCCUUUACAGAAAGAUGUGGGCAGCUUCGUGUCUGGCUUCGUGCUGUGCGGCCUGCGCCUGCGACGCCUGCCGCACGGUUGUGUCGGGGAUCAGCCGGCGUUCCGCCCGUAUUGCUUACUGUGGUCUUUUUGCGCUCUCUUUGAUCGUCUCCUGGGUUCUUCGAGAGGUUGCUGCGCCCCUCAUGGAGAAAAUUCCCUGGAUCAAUGAUUUCCAACAAACGCCAAACCGGGAGUGGUUUGAAACAAAUGCAGUUUUACGAGUGAGCUUGGGGAACUUUCUCUUUUUCACAAUCCUUGCUAUUUUUAUGAUUGGCGUGAGGAGCCAGAAGGAUCCUCGUGAUAAUGUGCACCAUGGAGGUUGGAUGAUGAAAAUCAUUACCUGGUGCAUUUUGGUGAUACUGAUGUUUUUUGUUCCCAAUGGCAUCAUCAGCUUCUAUGAAUCAGCUUCGAAGUUUGGGUCAGGGCUUUUCCUUCUUGUUCAAGUUGUGCUUCUACUGGAUUUUGUUCAUGGAUGGAAUGAAAAAUGGGUUGGAUAUGAUGAGAAGUUUUGGUACAUGGCUUUGCUUGUUAUUUCACUUUUAAGCUAUCUGGCUGCCUUUUCAUUCUCUGGAGUUCUGUUCUACCUCUUUACCCCUUCAGGACAUAAUUGUGGGCUCAACACUUUCUUCAUCGUGACGACUUUGAUUUUCAUUUUCAUUUUUGCUAUUGUCACUUUGCAUCCAUCAGUCGGUGGAAGUAUUUUGCCCGCUUCAGUGAUAUCUCUGUAUAUCAUGUACCUAUGCUACACUGGGCUUGCCAGUGAGCCUAGGGAUGAUGAAUGCAAUGGUCUUCACAGCCAUUCCAAUGCAGUUUCCACCAGUAGUCUUGGUAUCGGACUGAUUACAACGGUGCUAUCUGUCGUGUAUUCUGCUGUACGUGCUGGGUCCUCAAGAACUGUGCUAUCCCCUCCAAGCUCACCCCGAGCAGGUUCUGGAAAGCCUUUGUUGCCGAUGGAUAAGACAAAUGAGCACCUUAACGAGGAAGAGAAGCCAAGGGCGGUUUCAUAUUCAUAUUCAUUCUUCCACUUAAUCUUUUCACUUGCGAGCAUGUACUCCGCAAUGCUCCUCACAGGUUGGUCGACCUCAGUGGGAGAGAGCGGGAAAUUGGUGGAUGUGGGGUGGCCGUCAGUGUGGGUUCGUAUCAUAACCAGUUGGGCAACUGCUGCGAUGUUUAUAUGGUCUCUAGUUGCACCGAUCAUCUUCCCUGACCGAGAAUUCUGAUCAUUAUAAGAAUACUAAUUGUGCUCUUGUGCUUCACUCGUUUAAAACUGUCAAAUUCUUACCUUGAUGAAAAUGAUAUCCGCCAAAGUUGUGUCAAAAAAUUCUGAAUGUAGUAGUUGGAUAUUUGUACUAAUAUUAUUGUAUAAAUAAUGUGUGAUUUGGUUUGAUAAAAA